AGGUGGCCGAUACCGGCGCCUAUAUAAGAGACCAUUACGGGUGUUGACCAGUGUUAGAGUGCAAUUAUAUAUCGCGUGUACGCCGCAAACUCGGAGAAGCGAAAAUGCGUGUAAUCGUGUUGGUGUUGACCGCGUUGGCAAUCUCGUGCCACGCGUUCGAGGAUGAUCUGUAUCUGCAUGGACCGGUCCAGAUCGAGACUUUCGAAACAGGAAAGCUCGUUGGCUUCCUCGAGAAAGUGAAAGAAUGGUUGAAGACUGGCCACGAGAAACCUGACAUCCCUGUUCUAGACCCGUUUAAAAAGGACCAUUUUGAGCUGGCUAUAACCAACGAAGUCAUUACACUGAAGGGUACGCUGGACGAUCUGAGAGCAACCGGUUUGUCAGACUACGACGUGCUACAAGGCGACUUCGAGCUUGCUGGAUUAAAAGCCAAAAUCAAGUUGAUCUGGCCCGACAUCGAUCUUAUGACCAAGUACCACCUGACGGAGGCAAAACUGGGAGAUGAUUUGAAGCUUUGGGGUACUGGAAAUAUAAUGGCUUUAGUACAGGGUCUCGCCGUAGACGUAAACAUAAGCAUCUCCAUGGAUGAUGACGGGAAGUUGUACGUGAAGGAUUUAGACGUGAAGAUUGCCCUGAAAUCACUCAAGUUCGACGCCAGUGGACUGCUCGACGACGAUCAGACAUCGAAAAUGCUCAGCAAGAUCGUAACCGAAUUAGCACCACAGAUUCUCGUGGACUAUCAAAAUGAUGUAUCGAAAUUAGCUGGCGAUUUAGUGAGAAAAGUGAUGGACGAAAUGCUAGGCAAAUUAAGCAUCGGUGACAUAAUCGGCAUGAUCAGUUAGGAUAACUAACGUCUCUUUGUCCCGCUGUAUAUUCACCAUGUCUUCUUUCAUAAACGAAUAAAUACAUUUAAUUAGCAGA